UCAUGCACAAUUGGGCUAUAUAACAGAACCGCUGCCUCCCAUACAUCACUUGUACUCCUGCAUCAACACGAGCAUCAUCUCCUCCGCUGCUUGACUGAAAUGCACAAAAUCCUGUUCUUCGCCGCUGUGGCGCUGUGCUUCGCCCUGGGGCUCGCCUACCCGGCCGAUCUCUCGACGCUAGAAAAAGAAAUUCGGGAGACCGUCGCGCCUGUCAACGUGGAUACAGAGACCGUGUCGCCGGGGGAGGGCCGUGAUGCCGCGGUGCCGCGAUCUGAGAGAUCUGACGGUUUCCAGGAUCCGACCGCUGCACCUCUUGCAUCUGAUGACACGACAUUAGCUGCUGCCACCCGAGGUUCUGAUGUAACGCCAGUCGAUCAACGCGACUCUGAUGCAACAACUGAAGCUUUUGAUUCCCGUGUCCCUAGAUCCUUGGAAAUCCUUGGCUCAAUGAUACCAAUUGCCCGCCAAGUUAUUGACUGGAAGAAACAAAUGAUAGACCAGCUGGGAGGCAAUGAAGGCCCUCAAAUACAGUAAUAUUUAAUAAACAAUUAAAAAUUAUCUUUCGGCUUGACUCUGAUGGAACGAAAAAAGCUUGACAUUUAAAAUCGGUUCAGGACGAUGAUCCUUCCGAAGUUCAGUAUGUUCAACAAGUAUUGGUCUCUUCAUUCCACGACAUCCCAUGUUGGUGAGCGUACCGGCAUAAAUUUAUCAUUAUAUUUCCUUGUGAUGGGUAGGUAGCCUCUUGAAAAUAUUCAUAAUCCUCGCAGCGGUUGUACCGACUGCGCCUGUAUGUUUAUAAUUAAAUACGUUUGAUAAAUUUUUC